CGUGAAUCACGGUGCGAAGUAGUGAACGUGAAGUGUAUCGUCGAUUUCGUACAUAAUAGUCCGGAGGAUCGCGAUUCGCGACAUAUGCACGGGGCGUAAAAGCAAACAAAUAGCCUAGUACAUUUUUAUAAUCGAGUACGAAAAAUAUCGAAUAAUCAAAUCGAUAUCGAACAUCCAACAUCUUUAUAUCUUUAUCCUAUGGAAAUUGUAUUCCUUACCUCCACCUUCCAUACUUUGUUGGUUUGACACUAACAGUAGUGUAGCGACAGUGACAGUUCUCAAGUUGUUAAAUUAAGGGGUUAUGAUCGCAUUUUCAAGAAAAACAAACACUUAAAUAAAGGCAAUCCCUUAAUUAUGACUGCAUAUGCUAUUUGAUUAAAUUAUAAGCGUAAUAGCGUACAAUGUCGCUUAACAUAAAACCUUAUCGACUUAGUCGAACAUUCUUUAUAACCUCUCGAAACUAUUGCCAAGAGAAGUCUAUUUAUCAGCGUGAUGAAGAAGGCCCACAACCACGAAUGGUACACGGAAAGCCGUACCCCGACUGGAGGAAGCCAUGGAUACAACGCGACGGAGAAUGGACCAGCAAGUUCUCAGUUUUUGUGGAGAAAAACCCUAAUCCUAACAUAUUAAAUGCACUCUCCAAAGUACCGAAUUUAACCAUGCAAGAUGUAAAGGAAUGGUGGGCCAGUAUGAAGGUGCUGCAAGAGAUUAAGAACCAGGAGUUUCUGCCGAAGAGAGUUGCUGUUCUUGGGUCUAACCUAGCAGCACUGCACUUCUUUACGUACAGGGCUUGUGCCGUCAGAUUGAAAGGAAAAAAGGAAUGGAUAACUGGAGAUGCAACCAACCUAAACCUUCCGACCCAGUAUGAAGAAGGGUAUUUUGUGGAAGCGGUAGAUUGCACCAAUUUCCUUCAUAAUGGCAUCCGGUAUGAGGGCAUCCAAAAUUUCUCUGGCCUCAACUUCCUCAAAUGGGUAUCAUUGAGGAAUAAUAAACAUGUUGAUGUUUGGUGUCUGGACAGACUGGCCGGUCAGAAUGGGAAAAGCUUGGAACACUUAGAUAUCCGAGGCUGCAACCUGUGUGUUGGCGGAGUUUCUGCCCUAGCAAGAAUGUCAGCGCUCAAAACUCUAUACAUAACUGAUCCUGGUGAUAAUUUAGAGCUGCAAGCAGCUUUGUCUGUCCUAGAAGAGGAGAAUCCUAAGCUCUUGAUAAAAGCUGUUACAGAAUAAAAUGUGUGAUGUUAGUAUUGUAAUGUGUUAUUAGUGAAUUAUAUUUUUGUUAUACAA